AUGAACGAGCUACGUUCUGAAAGAUCAAAGCCAUGGAACAUAUACACAAGUUCAGACCCUGCGCCAUCUCAAACAGGAGAUAUUGAUAGGGAAGCUCCAUGGAAAAGUUUUGGAACAUCAAUGAAUGCAAUUUCUUUUGGUUUUGUUGCAACAGCAAUCUUGAUAUCAAUGUUUCUGAUAAUGGCCAUCUUUGAACAUCUGUUCAGGCCUAAUCCUUCUUUUUCCUCACCUCAAGAGGUCACCAAUGGUUCUUCAGAAUCAAGACCACUACGCAAACUUGGAAAUCCUCAAACAGUGCCAGAAGCUUACGCAUCAGAUUUUUCAGUAGUGAUGCCUGGACAGCACCAUCCUACUUACAUUGCCCAACCAGCACCCUUACCUUGUCCAAGGGAAAGGAUCUAUUGGCCUAACCACGAGCAAAAUCUUGUAUUUCCUUGA